AUGCAACGGACUUUACAUAUCCUCACAGUGAUUUCUCUGUUGGGCCUUGGACAAUCAGACGAGAUUCUCACGCUGACGGGAACAAACAUACCAUCAUCGCUGUCGCUUGCUGGUAAUUCUCUUCCAACAGAUGCCUCCAGUCUCUAUAAAAGCUACACUUCGGUCAUCACCGUCAGCGCAACGCGAGACAGAUUCGCAUCUAGCCCGACAGGAACUUCUUCCUUAACCGCCACAGGUAGCAGCAAGUCAAAAUCUGACGACUUCACGCUUUUGGUUGGCAGCAAUACAGUAGGGACCCCCAACGGCACAACGCUAAUUGGGAAUGCUACGGGUACUUCGACCGAAUCGGCCGCCGUGCCGACAAAUACCCGCCCAUGCAAUGGAUAUCCCGAGUUCUGCAACCGGAAAUACUCCAAUAUCACCCAGAUUGCAGCUCACAACAGCCCUUUCAUACGGCCGGGCAACCUUGGCAGUAACCAAGAGCUUGAUGUGACUGUUCAACUCAACGACGGCAUUCGUAUGCUGCAGUUUCAAACCCAUUAUGUCAACAAUACAAUACGUCUCUGCCACUCUUCUUGCGCCCUUCUUGAUGUGGGAACCCUCGAGGACUAUCUGAGAAAAGUAGUAGACUGGUUGAAAGCCAAUCCCUACGAUGUCGUUUCGAUUCUCAUGGGGAACUCGAAUUUUAUUCGUCCAACAAACUAUACCAGACCUAUAGAACAGUCUGGUUUGAUCGAUUAUGUUUACACUCCUCCUAAGAUACCCAUGUCACUAGAUGACUGGCCCAAUCUGUCGCGGCUCAUCUUCUCUAGUCGAAGGGCCAUCGUAUUUCUAGACUACCGGGCUAACCAGACUGAAGUUCCUUAUUUACUUGACGAGUUUUCGCAAAUGUGGGAAACCCCGUUCUCCCCAACAAACAGGGAUUUUCCUUGCGUCGUCGAUCGACCUCCUGGCUUAAAUGAUGGAGAUGCCGAAAAGAGGCUAUACAUGGCAAACAAUAACUUGAAUACAGAAGUCUCUCUUGCUGGCAACAAACUUCUGGUGCCGAACACAGUGUUGUUGAACGAAACGAAUGCGGUUUCUGGAUAUGGUAGUGCUGGAGCAAUGAGCGGCAACUGUACUGAAAAAUGGAACCGGCCGCCAAACUUCAUCCUUGUCGAUUAUUAUAAUAUUGGAAACGUCAACGGUUCUAUCUUCCAAGUUGCAGCAAAGCUUAAUAAUGUCACUUAUAAUGGACGAUGUUGUGGCCGAAAGGCAUCGGGAGCUUCGUUUGUAGGUUCCAAAAGUGGAUCGUUUACGAGUGUACUUGUGAUAGUUAUGACUACUACUUUGCUACUUUGGGUCUAA